AACAUAACCUCUAAAUCUUAUUAAUUAUUGUAACUAUUUAAUUUAAAUUUUCAAAAUGCAAUUAACAUUAAGGCUGUUAGCUAACAGACAUCCGUCCUUCAUUGCCAGGACAGUAUUUGUGAAGAACAACAACGUAGACGAUGCUUGCAGGCUGGUCAACAGAAUCUUGGGCAAAGAAGGCAUCUUGGAGCAGUUCAGGCUAACCAGAUACUAUGAGAAACCUUUCCAGACGAGACGACGGAUCAACCAUGAAAAGUGCAAAGCGAUCUACAAUGAAGAUAUGGAGAGGAAAAUUCAAUUUGUGCUCCGCAAGAACAGACAUGAACCUUUCCCUGGAUGCCAUUGAUGAACUAUGAAGUUUAUGUUUUCUAUUAACAACAAAU